AUCAGCCGCUGCGCUGCUUCUUCAUCCCUCGCACUCUCUUCUCAAAUUCUCUAAUUCCCAUCACUCGUCGGAUCUUCGCUAAUGAUGCAUCUUCUUCUUCUUGACAGCGUGGAGUCACCCAGUAGACCGCUGUUUCGCCCGGUCUGACUCGAUUCUCGGUGGUCCUUGUCAUUUCCACUGAUAUAGUACCAAUUUUCAAGAAUGACUGAUGGUUCCAAAGAUAGAAUGGCCAUUUCAAAUACUUAUGGCUGCUUCACGAGAUUUUGUGCUAGAUUGUCAUUGUUAAUAGAUGAACUGGAAUGCUGUGAUACAGCAUGGGGUAUUUAUUUCGUCUGUGGAGAGCUUAGUGGAGCAUUCUCGAAAUCUCACUUUUCUCUAUGAUUCUAUUAAUUUUUUACUGUGCAACAUAUGUCUUACAAAGCUUGUGGAGACGAAAGUACUGGCAGCUUUUUCAUUGACUUCUGGAGUUGCACUUUCUGAGGAAUAAGUUCUUGAAGACUAUCUGGACUUUCUGAGGUUUCUGCUUCAAGCUUCACUUCUUCACGAGGUUCCUUCUUCAAGCUUCUCCUUCGUUACCGUAUUUCUCUUCCCUUGUAUAUAUUCGUAGCUCCUCCCACCCUCAAUGUUUGUAUUCACACUCCCGAAGCUCCACAAACAUCUCCAUUCAUCUAACUCGAUUGUCGAUUCGCUAUCGAGUUACCUUACCAAACACAUUGACUCUUUCCUUACUACCGAUUACUUGGACCAGAAGACCCUUCUAUCUGCCCAUGCUGCUAUCAUAACAACCGGUAACGCACACAAUAAAUUUAUCGCAUCAAAGCUGAUAGCAUAUUAUGCGUCCCUCAAACAGUCCCAUAAUUCAACCAAAGUAUUUGAUUCCCUCACUUUUACAGACCACUUUCUUUGGAACUCCAUCAUCAAAGCCCAUUUUUCUAAUGGGGACCAUGUGCAAGCCAUUAACUUCUUCUCCAAGAUGAGGUUUGCUGGCAUUUUGCCUACACAAUUUACCAUACCAAUGGUUGUUUCUGCUUGUGCUGAACUUCAAUCGCUUUCUAUUGGCAUGAAAUUUCAUGGAUUAAUCUCAAAAUUGAAUCUUUUCGAUGGAAACUCUGCUGUUGGUGCUUCAUUCGUGUAUAUGUAUUCGAAAUGUGGAACUAUGGACUAUGCAUCUCUUAUGUUUGAUGAAACUACUGUUAAAGAUGUGGUUGUUUGGACUGCACUUGUGAUAGGGCACGUGCAGAAUGGCGAGAGUGAGAAAGGUUUUCACUGUCUUUGUGAGAUGCAUAGAACUGGUGGCAAUAGUGAGAAGCUGAAUUUCCGAACAUUAGAAGGGGGUUUCCAAGCUUGUGGAAACUUGUGUGCUUUGGUUGAAGGUAGGUGCUUGCAUGUGCUGGCUCUAAAAUCAGGAAUUGUAUCCUCAAAUGUGGUUCAGUCUGCCAUUUUGUCAAUGUAUUCCAAGUGUGGUAGUGUUGAGGAUGCACGUAUGUCUUUUUCUGAAGUUGUAGAUAAGGAUCUAUUAUCAUGGACAUCAGUCAUGGGUGUCUUUUCAAGGUUGGGGUGCAUUGUUGAAUGCUUUGAUAUAUUUUUGAGGAUGCAAGCUACUGGUUUACAUCCUGAUGGAAUGGCAAUUAGUUGUUUGGUUUCUGGUUUUGCUAAUUCAUUGAGAGUCUCUGAAGGAAAGGCACUCCAUAGUUUUAUUAUAAGGAGGAAUUAUAUGAUUGAUGAGAAGGUACACAUUUCGUUAUUGUCAAUGUACUGUAAGUUUGGCCUCGUGGAUCUUGCUGAGAAGAUUUUUAUUCAAUGCCGCGAUCAGGUAAAAGAUUCUUGGAGUCUAAUGGUGUCUAGCUAUGAAAAGGUAGGAUUAGAUAAGAAAUGUAUAAUGCUCUUUGGACAAAUGCAACAUCAAGGGAUUAAACCUGAUAUAUCCAGUCUAUUAUCAGUAAUUUCUUCCUGCUCAAGAUUGGGAGCCAUCUGUUUUGCUCGUUCUAUACAUUGCUGUAUGAUGAAAACAAUGAUGCUUGAGAAGGUCACAAUUGUUAAUUCACUGAUAAACAUGUAUGGGAAAUGUAGUAAGUUGAAUGAAGCAGAAAGGUUACUCAAUCACACAUCACAUGACAUUACUACAUGGAACUCUCUUAUCUCAUCUUACAUUGACAAUGGUAAUUGUCUCAAGGCUAUAGCUCUUUUCGAUGUAAUGAUUACGAGAGGCUUAAAGCCUAACAAAGCAACACUAGCUGUUUUGUUGUCUGCUUGUGCUCAGAUUGCAUCUCUUGAAAAGGGGAAAAAAGUUCAUGAUUAUAUCAUAGAAGCUGGAUUUGGCUGUGAAGUUUCUGUUGCUACAUCGUUGGUUGAUAUGUAUGCCAAAUGUGGACAAAUUGAUAUGGCAAAAGAAAUUUUUAACUCACUAAGUGAUAGGGAUAUCAUAUGUUGGAAUGUAAUGAUUUUCUGUUAUGGUAUGCAUGGAUAUGGAAAAUCUGCAGUUGAGAUGUUCCAACGAAUGAAAGAAUCUGAUGUUAGACCAAAUGACCUAACAUUUCUAGCAGUACUCUCUGCAUGUGUUCAUGCUGGAUUAGUUGAUGAGGGCAAGUCAAUCUUCCACAAAAUGAAGGAAUAUUCUAUUGCACCCACACUAAAGCACUAUGCAUGUAUGGUGGAUCUUUAUGGGCGAUCUGGUUAUCUGGAUGAGGCCGAGGCUCUUGUUUUAUCGAUGCCGUUUACCCCUGAUGGGGGCAUAUGGGGUUCUCUGCUAAAUUCUUGUAAAUUACAUAAUAAUGUUGCAAUGGGUAUGAAGAUAGCAAACCAUGCUAUUGAAGCUGACCCAGAAAAUGAUGGGUAUUACAUAUUGGUCUCAGACUUUUAUGGCUCUAUGGGCAUGUGGGAAGAUGUAGGGCAAGUGAGGAAAAAGAUGAAGGAUAGAGGGGUAAGAAAAACUGUGGGUUGGAGUGCUGCAUAAACCGGCAGAAUGACCACAACAUGUGGUCUGUCAAGUAAUCGGACCAUAAAGAUAUUAGAAUAUCAAGAAACGAAUUAAAGUCUCUCUUUUACAUUUUAUUUGUAAAUGGCAGCCAGCUGUGCUUUGGUUGGAUUAAGGAAGUGAUCAGGACAACAUUUUUUAUGUUGAUUGGUGCAUCAUUUUUCCUUGCAAAGGAUGUACCUGUCGUGAAAAGAGUUCCAGAGAAGGUGAUGAGGUCAAUGGAUAAACCACUAUAUAACAUGACUGUUCCUCGAGAAUCAGU